AUGAUUCGAAACGCUGGUGGUCGAGCUUUCGACGCCAUUCGAAGCCUGUCUAUUAUGCAGACUGCUGCCGCUCCAGGCACCAUUGUUGUCAUGCACCACACGGACUGCGGCAUGACUCAUUUUCAUGACGCCUAUAUCAAAAAGGCGCUACUAGAAAUUGCGCCGCAGGAGGAGGAGUUAAUCGAGGCUUCUAAGUUUGGAGAAAUUACUAAUAGCAUCGAGGAUAGUAUCCGAGAAGAUAUUGCCAUUCUCAAGGCCUCUCCGUUGAUCAAGAAAAGCACCCGCUUCAUCGGUCUGAAAUUUGAUAUCAGUACUGGGCUUCUGACAGAAAUUCUGUGA